AUGAGAUUACAGGUGAUAAUAUUUGCCCUGAUACACCUUAUCUUCAUUUACAGUUUAACAGGGCUGCUCAAACUCAGCCGCGGCAGAACUGGAGCGUAUUUACUGCUGGAGUCCCGUCGUCAGCUGUUGGAAUCCUGGCCUUAUGAUGUCACCAGAAAGUCCCCUAUCCAGCCUAUUGGCGUGGUGCAUUGUGGGUUGGAAUGGAGGCUGCUCCCAGGAAGUGAGAAGUCGAAGCUGGCACGGAGCUUGUGGCACAUCAGGCAGAACCAGUGUCAGAUGGCAGGAAUGGAAGCUGUGCCACAGUGCGAUGUACCCAUUGUCAUCCUUCAGAACAGGAUCAAAGCUGCGACAGAUCUGGAGCAGAAGGAAAAGCUGCAGAAAGACCUGGACCAUCUCCUCAAGGUGAGAGAGCAGAUCGUACAGGCUGUGCAGCAGAUUGUGAUUAUGGCCACCGACUCCCCCGAGCAGGCUGACCGUGUGCUCACCACCAAGUUACACCUGACGGAGCGGGAGAACUACCGCGCUGCGGUGGAGUAUUUCCGAACGCACUGCUUCGACUGGCACAAGCCGGAGUAUGAAUAUGCUCUCCACCAACUGGAGCCUUUCGCCAAUUUAUGCACGGAGCAGGUCCCACUGACACGGAUUAAGGAAGCAAUUGACCAAGUGAGUGAGGAGCUGAAGAAAUGAGGGAUUGAAAGUCCUUGUCCUUGGUACAGGAGAGAGAGAAGGACCUUUGGCUUGCUGAGAAAUAACUGCCCAAUUUCCUUCCGACAUUAACCUUACUUUGUUUUAUUCUUCCCUCAUUCUCAUUUGCUCUCUGUACCAGAUUCUACCACUGGAAAUUUAUAAUGUCUAAUUGACCUACCAACCCACACGUCUUUGGAAUGAGAGAGGAGAUGAAAAUACCCAAAGGAAACUCGCACAGUCACAGGGAAAAUGUGCAGACGCCACAAAAGCAGCAACUGAGAACAGGAUGCUUCUGGUUCAAGUUCAAGUUUAAUUAUCAUUCAGCCAUACAUGAAUACAGCCAAGUGAAACAGCGUACUCCAGGGCCACAGUGUAAACCCCUGUACCAGACAAUCUCAGCACAAGGCACAUAUAGAAUGUAUAAGAUAGCAGUAAACAUACAGUCACAAACAGAAAAAAGCUCCAAGUUCCUGAGUCCUUGAAUGUUGCAGCAGUCUGCAGUCAAGCGCAAACAACUUGUCUUCUGCCAAGCAAACACUGGAGGGCAGCACUGAUACAACGCUUUUGGAUGGCUGCCUACCAGUAACACCACUGUCCAAGGCCGAGUCCUCGCACUAUGAAUGAGACCAUCCAGCUCUCCCACCGUCCGCACAGCGCGUACAAGGCAGCAGUAAACCACAGUCACUCAAAAAAGGACACAGACCAAGUCCCUGAGUUCAGGAACACUGCAGCAGUCUGCAGGCGAACACAACACAGCCUGUCCUCCACCGAGCAAACACUGAGGGCAACUGUAAUGCCUCCGGCACUGACUCUGACGUCCCACUAGCAUGUUACUGGUACACAAAAUCUUUUGGUCCACCUCUUGUUUAAGGUCAUGGAUGCAAACAUUCCUGAUAGUGUCUAUAUUUCAGAAGUAAUUGGCUGGGAAGGUCUCUGCGUUAAUACCCAAGAUAUGAUUGGUGUUAAAUAAAUGUAAACUUCAUAUUUCUUAUUGCUUUAAUUUUAGAUAAAUGGAAUGAUUAAGUCAUUUGA